CAUUUUUUGGACUUCCACCGACACUUGAGCGGAUCGCGGCUGCCAUGAGCCGUCCCGACACCAUGAGGACGCCCCUGGAGGAGCCCAUGCCAAACCUGGGGGUUCCACCAUUGCUUUUGAAGGCAACGCUGGUGAGCCUUUGUAUGCUUGGUUUCUGGGCCUCGGUGAGGCUUAUGGAAGAGUUCGCCGUCGUUUUGAAGCCAUUGAUUCUGGCUUUGAUGCUGGCGGGAUGCCUUGAGAAGGCGGUGGAGCUUUGUAUCGAGGACCCUCAACUUGGCCAAGUGCCUCUUGAUGUGUCGUUGCAACCUGCAGCCCUUGAAGCUGCUGUGGCAACAGCCGCAGGAUGGCGCUUACAUUGCCCUGGAGCAGAGUUACAUCCCUGAGGAGGUUCUACUUGAGUGGAAGGAGUCAGAGGGUGCCGGGAAGAAUUGCUUUGCCCGCGUGUUAGCUCUGGCCUUUGUUCUUUCCACCGCUGGGAUGGGCAUCUUGAUGAUCUUGGGCUCCAUCAUCACCUCCUUAGAGCAUGUGAACAUGAAAACUUAUCAACAAGGCUUCAAUCAGCUGGAGAGCAAUGUCUUGGGCUUGUUGCAGAAUGUCAAUCCCAAGCUCAAGGCAGAACUGGCUCGGCGGAUGAAUACGCUGGAGAGUCAUGUGGCCAACAUGCUGAUUAGCACCCUGAACGACGUCCUGACGAAUACCACGAGCUUUGCAACCCAGCUGGUGAUGUUUUUGCUCUACUCGUUGAUGUGCUUGCUCUCGCCCUUGAAGAGUGGAGAGCAAGUCUUCACCAUCGUGCGGACCUAUUUCGGGUAUAAGGCGGCCUGCAAUGCAGCCUUUAGCUUUUGUGUGUGGUGCCUGUUGGCCGGCAUUGGAGGAUGUGAUUUGGCAGUGGUUCUCUCCGUGAUGUGCUUCUUUCUGAGUUUCAUCCCCGAGGUUGGCUCAGUGAUUUGCAUGUUGCUCCCUAUCCCGGUGCUGCUCUUUGACUCUCGGGUCACCGUGGAGGUUCGAGGCGCCAACGUCUUGACCAUGGUUCUUGGGAUGUUGGGCAUCAAGUUUGCUGUCUCCAAUGGCCUGGAGUCCUUGGUGAUGUCCAGGAGCGCCAUUUUGUCUGGGAACCUGGACGAGGAACAACCAGGUGCCGAGACACAUCCGGUUCUGAUCCUCUUCGCCGUGGUCUUGUGCGGCCAGAUUUGGGGCGUCACAGGUAUGCUGAUCUCUGUGCCCCUGCUCUCACUGGUGCGACUGUUGCUGAAUCUGGAAGCCAUGAAGCAGCACAGAGCCAUGGCUGAUGCCCAACAAAGUGACGCGGACGCGGAUGGCAGACAGAUACGUUGGGCUCCCGAUGUUCGACCAAAACAGAACGAAUGAACGAAGGAACUGUCACAGCGUUUUCGAUCCCUAAUGACGACGAGUCCUCGGCUGAUGUUGCAUAGAUGGAACGACUACUCAGGCAGCUGAGUCCUUCAGAGGGGCUUCUUCUUUCCCUCACAAUCCGGGCCUAGAAGGGAUAGGCCUCCAACCUACUAGCGAUGGGCGAUGGCCUACCUGCGAAGAGCUGAGGACGGCUCUCGUACAUUGGGGAGGUGGCCAAGCAGAGCAACCUCCUCAGCCGGAAUUCCUCCAGGCCCAACAGCCGUCUCUAUACAGCGAACUCGGAUCGGAGCCUGCAGCCUUAGAGGAGCUGUCCCGGCUGACCGAGGGAAAGUGUCCAAAGGCCACCCGCUGGAGCUGUUGUGACAGAUGUGACAGCAGAUGUGGGAUGCUACUUACCCUCCAAGAAUUGGCAAAGGCAUUGUGCCCUGGUUUUUCU